AUGGAGAUCUCGGCCUUGGGGACUCACAGUGGGGAGGACGGGCAGAAGCGGCGACGCAACCGGCCUGAAGCCUUCCCCACUGCUGAAGAUAUCUUUGCUAAGUUCCAGCACCUUUCACAUUAUGACCAGCACCAGGUCACGGCUCAGGUCUCCCGGAAUGUUCUGGAGCAGAUCACGAGCUUUGCCCUUGGCAUGUCAUACCACUUGCCUCUGGUGCAGCAUGUGCAGUUCAUCUUUGACCUCAUGGAAUAUUCCCUGAGCAUCAGUGGCCUCAUCGACUUUGCCAUUCAGCUCCUGAAUGAACUGAGCGUAGUCGAGGCCGAGCUGCUCCUCAAGUCCUCGGAUCUGGUGGGCAGCUACACUACCAGCCUGUGCCUGUGCAUCGUGGCCGUCCUGCGGCACUACCAUGCCUGCCUCAUCCUCAACCAGGACCAGAUGGCCCAGGUCUUUGAGGGGCUGUGUGGCGUAGUGAAGCAUGGGAUGAACCGGUCAGAUGGCUCCUCUGCGGAACGCUGUAUCCUUGCUUAUCUCUAUGAUCUGUACACCUCCUGUAGCCAUUUAAAGAGCAAAUUUGGGGAGCUCUUCAGCGACUUCUGCUCCAAGGUGAAAAACACCAUCUACUGCAACGUGGAGCCCUCAGAAUCCAACAUGCGCUGGGCACCCGAGUUCAUGAUUGACACUCUGGAGAACCCCGCAGCUCACACCUUCACCUACACGGGGCUAGGCAAGAGUCUUAGUGAGAACCCCGCUAACCGCUACAGCUUUGUCUGCAAUGCCCUUAUGCACGUCUGUGUGGGGCACCAUGAUCCCGAUAGGGUGAAUGACAUCGCCAUCCUGUGUGCGGAGCUGACGGGCUACUGCAAGUCACUGAGCGCCGAGUGGCUGGGGGUCCUGAAGGCCUUGUGCUGCUCCUCUAACAAUGGCACUUGUGGCUUCAAUGACCUUCUCUGCAAUGUAGAUGUCAGUGACCUGUCUUUUCACGACUCCCUGGCUACUUUUGUUGCCAUCCUCAUCGCUCGGCAGUGUCUGCUCCUCGAGGACCUGAUUCGCUGUGCUGCCAUCCCUUCGCUCCUUAAUGCUGCUUGCAGUGAACAGGACUCUGAGCCGGGGGCCCGGCUUACCUGCCGCAUCCUCCUCCACCUUUUCAAGACACCUCAGCUCAAUCCUUGCCAGUCGGAUGGAAACAAGCCUACAGUAGGAAUCCGUUCCUCCUGUGACCGCCACCUGCUGGCUGCCUCCCAGAACCGCAUAGUGGAUGGAGCUGUGUUUGCUGUUCUCAAGGCUGUGUUUGUACUUGGGGAUGCGGAACUGAAGGGUUCGGGCUUCACUGUGACAGGAGGAACAGAAGAACUUCCAGAGGAGGAGGGAGGAGGUGGCAGUGGCGGUCGGAGGCAGGGUGGCCGCAACAUCUCUGUGGAGACAGCCAGUCUGGAUGUCUACGCCAAGUACGUGCUACGCAGCAUCUGCCAACAGGAAUGGGUAGGAGAGCGUUGCCUUAAAUCACUGUGUGAGGACAGCAACGACCUGCAAGACCCAGUGUUGAGUAGCGCCCAGGCCCAGCGCCUCAUGCAGCUCAUAUGCUACCCAUAUCGAUUGCUGGACAACGAGGAUGGGGAAAACCCCCAGCGGCAGCGCAUUAAGCGCAUUCUCCAGAACUUGGACCAGUGGACUAUGCGCCAGUCUUCUUUGGAGCUGCAGCUCAUGAUCAAGCAGACCCCUAACAAUGAGAUGAACUCCCUCUUAGAGAACAUCGCCAAGGCCACAAUCGAGGUUUUCCAACAGUCAGCGGAGACGGGGUCAUCUUCUGGAAGCGCUGCCAGCAACAUGCCCAGCAGCAGCAAGACCAAGCCAGUGCUCAGCUCUCUAGAGCGCUCUGGUGUGUGGCUGGUGGCCCCCCUCAUUGCUAAACUGCCCACCUCAGUCCAGGGGCAUGUGUUAAAGGCGGCUGGGGAGGAACUGGAGAAGGGCCAGCACCUGGGUUCCUCUUCCCGCAAAGAACGGGACCGACAAAAGCAGAAGAGCAUGUCCCUGUUGAGCCAGCAGCCAUUCUUAUCCCUGGUGCUGACGUGUCUGAAAGGGCAGGAUGAGCAGCGUGAGGGCCUUCUCACCUCCCUCUACAGCCAGGUGCACCAGAUUGUAAAUAACUGGCGUGACAACCAGUACUUAGAUGACUGCAAACCAAAGCAGCUCAUGCACGAGGCUCUCAAGCUGCGGCUCAACCUGGUGGGGGGCAUGUUUGACACGGUGCAGCGCAGCACCCAGCAGACCACUGAGUGGGCCAUGCUCCUCCUGGAGAUCAUCAUCAGCGGCACCGUUGACAUGCAGUCCAACAACGAGCUCUUCACCACCGUGCUGGACAUGCUGAGCGUGCUCAUCAAUGGGACCCUGGCCGCGGACAUGUCUAGCAUCUCUCAGGGCAGCAUGGAGGAGAAUAAGCGUGCCUACAUGAACCUGGUGAAGAAGCUGCGGAAGGAGCUGGGGGAGCGUCAGUCAGACAGUCUGGAAAAAGUUCUCCAGCUGCUGCCACUGCCCAAGCCGACCCGAGAUGUCAUCACAUGUGAGCCACAGGGCUCCCUCAUUGACACCAAGGGCAACAAGAUUGCAGGCUUCGAUUCCAUCUUCAAGAAGGAGGGUCUGCAGGUUUCCACCAAACAAAAGAUCUCUCCCUGGGAUCUUUUCGAGGGCUUGAAGCCAUCCGCACCACUCUCUUGGGGCUGGUUUGGAACAGUCCGGGUCGACCGGCGAGUGGCCCGAGGAGAGGAACAACAGCGAUUGCUGCUCUAUCACACACACCUGCGGCCCCGGCCCCGGGCCUAUUACCUGGAGCCGCUCCCGCUGCCCCCAGAAGAUGAGGAGCCCCCUGCUCCCACCCUGCUAGAGCCCGAGAAAAAGGCUCCAGAGCCCCCCAAAACUGACAAACCUGGGGCCGCUCCACCCAGUACUGAGGAGCGCAAGAAGAAGUCCACCAAGGGCAAGAAACGCAGCCAGCCAGCCACCAAGACAGAGGACUAUGGAAUGGGCCCGGGCAGGAGCGGCCCCUAUGGCGUGACAGUGCCUCCAGACCUCCUGCACCACGCUAACCCCGGUUCCAUAUCCCAUCUUAGCUACAGGCAGGGCUCCAUAGGCCUGUACACCCAGAACCAGCCACUACCUGCAGGGGGCCCUCGCGUGGACCCGUACCGCCCCGUGCGGUUACCGAUGCAGAAGCUGCCCACCCGACCACCUUACCCUGGAGUGCUGCCCACGACCAUGACUGGAGUCAUGGGACUAGAACCUUCCUCCUACAAGACCUCCGUGUACCGACAGCAGCAGCCCGCGGUGCCCCAAGGACAGCGCCUUCGCCAACAGCUCCAGGCAAAGAUACAGAGUCAGGGGAUGUUGGGACAGUCAUCUGUCCAUCAGAUGACUCCCAGCUCUUCCUACGGUUUGCAGACCUCCCAGGGCUAUACUCCUUAUGUUUCUCAUGUGGGAUUGCAGCAACACACAGGCCCUGCAGAUCCUACUCGCCACCUGCAACAGCGGCCCAGUGGCUAUGUGCACCAGCAGGCCCCAACCUACGGACAUGGGCUGGCCUCCACUCAAAGGUACCCAAGGCAUCUGGGGGGGCUAUGAAGACAUGCUGGGCUGCGAGGGCGCAUCUGGUGGGGGAAAACCCAUGCCAGGAGGUGAUGGGACUAGUCAGAACUUUUGGAGAAGUGAAGAACGCUUAGCUGGCCACAAGAUGCCAGAGCCGGGAGGGACCCUGGUGACCAGUAGUCUUCCGUCUGCUUGCCUGACGUUUCUUCGAGUCCCAGAGAGGGGAAAAUCACUCCUACAGCUACGCUAAGGAAAGAGCCGGGGUUCUUGGAUGUACUGUGUGGUAAGGAGUCAGCCAGCCGGUCGUAGAGCAGUUCCACGCUGGAGCGGACUAGCCACCGAGCCGUCCUACCAUGCCGAAUGCUAGUCAGGCCUCCGUUAAGAUUCGGGAACCAUGUCUUGAGGCUCUGCAGUUUAGGUUUUAGAACGCUGGGGAGUGAACCAGAGGUCAGCUGCUCACUGUGUGGCCAACACUACGCUAGGACGGGGUAGGGUGAGGAGAGAUUUUAGAAAAUACGGAGUCCCUCGCCACAGAGAAUUUUUCGUCUGGUUGGGGAGAUUAAGAGACUUACACAGAAGAACGUUUAAAGAACACGAUGAGGAGAGGUAUGAUCAGGUGUGCAGUUGUGCGCCGUGAAGUAAAUGGGAAUUCGGAAAAGGUAUGGGAUGAUGUCAUCGUGGGCCUGAGUCAGCAGAGGAAGUUUCCCGAAGGAGGUGAGAUUUGAGAUGGCCUUCGAAGGAUAGCUGUAAUUUGAAUUUGUGGAGUGGAGGAUGAGAGAGGGGAGUCUGGGUAGACGACAUAGCGUGAAUGAAGAUGUAGGGACCAGAGUGAGGAGGGUGACUGGGGGGCGGGGGGUGGGAAGAAGCACGUGGACAGCGUGUAAAAUUCACCCCGGGGCAGUAGCCGGAGACAGGCCAGGGAUGGGCGGGCGGGUAUAGGGCUUGGAGCGCUCGGUGCAGAGUUGAGACACAGUCCCACAAAGAGCUCUUUUGAUCAGGAAAGCCAUGUAUGGUGAGUUGACAUGUUGACAGAUGAAUAUGGGGUGCAGGGAUAGGGUGCAUGGGGAAGGAGACGAAAGACCUGAGACAGAGGGUCCGGCCGGGAGCUAGCCUGUGGCUGUGCCCUACGUGGGAAGGCGGAAGAGCGGGAGAACUCCGUGAAAUGUUCCCCGGGGACCACCACCCCCAAUAGCAGAAAGCACCUCAGUGGGUGUUCCUAGAACGCCUCUCCUGUGCUAAGACUCAUUUUCGUUCUCGUAAGAGCAAAAUGGCGAAAACAGGAUUGGAAGAUGCCUCGCCAUGAAGGUUAUGAGCCACUAAAACGGGGUGACGUCUUUGCCCCUUAUUCCCCAACCGAGAAAUCUGUCAGAACCCAGAAGGGCCCUUCUGGUUAUAGUGCCAGGAGGAAUGAGUGAAGCAACUUGUCCAGGUUUCCUU